GAGGAGGAGGAGGAGUGGGAGUAGCGGGGUGUACCUGACACCUACAGCCGCGCGUACAGCUCUCUUCCCCGCAGAAUCACCCAGGACCUGCCCGCCACGGUGCCUUCUUCUCUGGCCAGGUUGUGCGUGCGUAACCGGUGCUCAGUGCAGUUUGUACGAGAAACACUGCUUCUGCUGACAUAUUGAAAACUAUUUUCUUAGCAACCUUUUUCUUCUCUCGGACCAGCCAUCUUCAGUAUUUCAAGACAAAAAAAAAGGACUAACAGUUGCGAAGAUGUGUCUCCCGGUGCUCCUCUGUGUGUUGCUGUGUUUGUCUGCAGCACCGGGCCCGGUGUCCGGGGCUGGGGCGGACAAAAGCUGCACCGACCUGCGGCAGUUCUACACCGGGAAAGGAUUCACUCUGGUGGAGGUGCCCCAGACAGAGAUCUCUGGUGAACAUCUGAGGAUGUGUCCUCAAGGUCCGACUUGUUGUACCAGCACCAUGGAGGAGAACCUGGCGGGUCUCAGCACCAGAGAGACCGAGGGGCUGAUCAGAGAGGCUGGCAGGUCACUGCAGUCUGCCUUCAAUGCUCUCCACAGGAGUUUUGACACCUAUUUCACUGAGCUGCAUGGUCGCUCUGAGCGCUCCCUGCAGGAGGUGUUGUCUCCACUCGGCCCCCUGUACUCCCAGAACACGCGUCUCUACGGAGAUCUCUACACCGACCUGCGACAGUACUACCGGGGCUCCGCUCUCAACCUGGACGAGACCCUGACUGAGUUCUGGUCCCGCCUCCUGGAGCGUACCUUCAAAAUCUCUGCUCCAACAGAUGUCACCCUGUCAGAUGACUACCUUGAAUGUGUUGCUAAGCAACAGGAGACGCUGCGGCCAUUUAGUGACGUCCCGCGGGACAUGAAGGCGAAGCUGAUCCGUGCUUUUGUCACAGCCAGGUCGUUUAUCCAGGGGCUGAUCGUCAGCGGAGAGGUGGUCAGGAAGGUCUCACAGGUUCAUCUGAGUCCAGAGUGUACGAAGGCCCUGAUGAAGCUGGUCUACUGCCCCCACUGUCGCGGUACGGCCUCCAUCAAACCCUGCUCCAGCUACUGCUCCAACGUCAUGAAGGGCUGCCUGGCCAACCAAGCUGACCUGGACCCGGAGUGGCAGAACCUAAUAGAUAGCAUGAUCCAGGUGGCCUCUAGCUUCAGCACAGAGCCAAGCCUGGAUGUGGUUCUGUCCUCCAUCCCUGCUCGAAUAUAUGAGGCUGUUCACUUCCUGCAGGAAAACUUGGACAAAUUCACAGAAAAGGUGUACCAGACAUGUGGAACUCCAGGUGAACUAGGAACAGGAAGUCCCAGUCUUCCAGAGCAGAGGAAGAAGAGCGGCUCCCUGACUGCAUCCGAGUACAAACCCUCUCCAACCGCUGGGCUCAGACUGGAGAUGCAGGUGUCUGAUCUGUCCAGUAAGCUGAGGGAGAUGCGGCAGUACUGGAUCCAGCUCCCUCUGGCUCUCUGCAGCAAACUGGCAGCAGGGGGUGCCAGUCAGGAUAAAUGCUGGAAUGGGAUUACUAAAGCCAGGUAUCUUCCAGAGGUGAUGGGUGAUGGCUUGGCCAAUCAGAUCAACAACCCCGAAGUGGAGCUUGACAUCACAAAGCCAGACAUGACUAUCCGGCAGCAGAUCAUGCAACUCAAAAUCAUGAGCAACAGGCUGAAAAACGCACUGGAAGGAAAUGACGUGGACUUCCAGGAUGCAAGUGAUGACAUCAGCGGCUCAGGAAGCGGGAUGUGCUACGGUGGUCAGUGUCAUCGGAACAGAGGAUUCGACUACUCGCCAGACACAACCCGAGCCAGAGGUGCCGCCACGUUUCAAACCCGCCUCUGCGGACGCCUACUCCUGCUCCCAUUGGCCAGCCUGCUGCUUCAGCGAUGAUGGACCGCCGCUUCCUCCAGUCAGACUCUGAAGCGUAGAGGAGGGCUGAACCAUUGGUCGGACAAAAAGGGGUUUUGUGGGGAGGGGGUUGGAACGUAACUUUGCCAAAAAAAUGAAAUGAAAAAGACAUUUUGGGGAAUGAAAGGACAACAUUUUCUUUGAGGAGCAAAAUUUGACAGUGACAAUUUUCUUUUGUGUAGUUUUGCUCAGUUUUUAUGUCUUAGUUUGAGUGUCAUUCAGUUUGUUGAGCUGGUUUCAAUGGAUUGUCGGAAGUAAAAGGAGAAGAGGAAGACAAAAAGAAUGACUGCUGUUGAUGAUGAAGAUAAUGAUGGGGAUAUUGGUAAUGAUUUAUUGACACUCUGUCAGGUCUAUUUAGCUCCAGUUUCUAGUCAGCAGGCAGCAGAGUCCAAGGAAAAAAUGUUGCGAUCAACAAGGUUCUUGUUUUUUUUUACUUCUACGCUUUUUAAGUUGAGUCAAGUUGUCUACCUUAACAAACAUUGUGUACGUUAUAAAAAUGUGCAUACAUUAGCUAAAAGACUGGCACCAUAUUGAGCCAUGAAUGUACAGUAUAAUACUCUAUUGGCAAUGAAUCCCCCCGUUAUCUGUGAUGUAGUCGUCCGGAUGUUUUCAUGUGUGUUGGCAUAAACAGUCAGUAUGAUUUGUUUGAAAUACAAAUCAUCCCACUCAUGAGAUGUUGUGAUUGCAAGAGUUUACCUCACUUUUACUGUACACCCAACCAUUUCAAAGGGAAGAAUUGAAAAUUACAUUUGUUUUUACAUUUCAUCCCCAGUCUCUUGAAGGCACGUAAACAAAUACGGGACACCGUUUGUUACAGUCCUGUAAUUUUCCUUCAAUGAAAAACAAAAAUCUGCACAGGAAACAUUUCAGGACGCAGUAAUCCUACAGAGGAGUCCUUGUUGAACGCACACCUACAUAAGGUAACUGUAAAUGAAGUCUUAGGAGCAACGCAAUGGAGAAAUACAUUGGGUCAAACCAAAGCACUUAUGACACUGAACACUUUUUACAAUUUCAACAUCGCCCCAAUUAUGUUGAACAUAAUGUAACAACCAGGUUUUGUGACUGCAUAUGUUGAUGAGAAAAAAAAAACAUUACUAAGAAAACGUGUUUUGUACAUACAGAACAGGAUAUCUGCCGAAUAUUGACAACAUGUAUACAUUUGCCUGGUUAUACAUCAUUUACUCGGCAUGCCUUUUCCAUUCUACAACACUUUACUGGUACAUAUGAGACUCACACAAGUCUCAUACACACAUUUGCACACACUGGGGUUGUGUACUAAUCUGUAUGUAAUCACUUUUCAUCCAUUAAACUCUGUUUGAUUAUAGCAGUGGAUUUUGAAAUGUACAUUUUGAUUUGAUUGCUACUAAUUUGCAUCUGUUUGAAAAAAAGCUAGAUCUUUAUUUAAAGGGCACUUUAAAUAAGCUAGAGGAUGUCAUGGGGCUGUUAUCAGCGUAGGUGUCGGGGCUAAAACAGGAAGAGUGUGUUUGCGUUGUAAUGUGCAUUUUUAUCAGGCAAGAAAGGUUAAACUAAAAUAUUGACUUGCGUUAUGGCAAAUAUAGCCUCCAGUGUUUAUGGAUCUUGAACCAUAUCAGGGAUUAAAAGUCAGGAUCUCUUGAAAAAAUUCUUAUUAUCUCAUUCUUAUUACUUUUUAUGAGGCAAUAUCAAUCUGCAAAAUACUGAUUAUAAAGUUCAGCUUCAGCUGUACAUGAAUUAAAGGUUAACUUAAAUUAUAAACAUGGUAAAAAGUCCUUCUGCUUGAAAUCAUUCAGUAUGUUUUUAUGGUGAUGUUCACAUGUAGGUGAAAGCACCACUGAAUCACUAGCUUGAAAGAUUGUUUAAAAGUCCCUUGCAAGUUCAACAAACUUUAUGGAAGUGCUAUACUUAAUCACUGGAAAACCCCUUUAAGGAUUUUCUGAGUCAUCUGAUGCAACUUUUCAGGCAUGUAUCCAAGGAUCCAUUUAUUAGCCACAGAGAUGAGAACAAGACCAGUUGCUCUCGUCUUCAUUUUGUCUAUUUCUGAUGCUCUAUUGCCACCACACUUGGUCAUGACUCAGUCCCUAAUUGUGCUUGUUUUCUAGAAAAACUAAAUUUGCCAGCUGCUCUACAGCUAUAAAUAAACAUUCAACUCUUUGUAACAGGCGCUGAUAAGCUGUAUGUGUCCCUGCUGGAGAAAAUGGAGCCAUGUGUUGUGUGUGGGGAUGACUAUCACCAGUCAGGGGGUUUGGAGUUAAUGAAUGAUGUAUUUUCCUGAUGCAUACAACAGAAUGAGACAGAGCAGCAAGCACAUACGCAAAUACUUCACUGCACGUCUCUGUCUUUAAAUGAUGGAAAAAUCUUAAAAGUUUCAUGAGUCUUGUCCUGUAAUUGUGAAUAAUGUGGAAGUAAAGGUAUAAUAUGAACUGACUUUUCCUGAGAUGUGGGAGGACAGGUGUAUCAGCCACAGUAUGCCUCUGUUGACUUAACUUGUCUAAACAUGAUUUAUCGGUGUUGAGCCCCCUGAGCUGAACUGUCUGUCCGUGAUCACCGUUUUAAGUCCCCCAGGUAUGUCUGAAUAAAAACUGCUUCAAAUCUUACUGCACACAUUUUAAAACUCUGGAGACAGCUUAAACACAAUUGUUCCGCUUAUGUGGUCUAGAUUUGAUUUUUGCGCCUACACCUGUGCAUUGAAAAGAAAUUCAAAUGUGUUUUAUUGGAGAUAUGAUGGCUUCCAUAAAACGAUUUCAAAUGCACCCAACUGCUUACUUUAAGUUAAGGAGCAUCUCUCACUGAGGUUGCUUUUCACUUACAGACAUAUACACAACUCUUCAUGAUACUGGUCAAUGUGUGGAGGGAUGCAGGAGCCACUGAAUAAAGGGGAUUGAUGUAUUGGUCCAUGGUGUAAUGACAUCAAAGCUGUAGAAAUGAAAUGUCAGGUUGUGAGAAUGCAAACUGGUUGUCGGGCCAGAAAACGAGUGUCACAGCAAUGAUAUGUACCUUUGAGUUGUUAAGCACAUUUUCUGAGAGCUGCAGGAGAUGAAAGGGGCAUGAGACAACAGUAACUUCAAGAGAAAAUUGAUCCACAGCCACUGGGGGAUGAAGUGUAUCAAACUGCUGUUGUCAUUAAAACUUUUGGCUUGUUGUUGCUAAGGAACAACUAUUA